AUGGCCCUCUCCCGAGUGCCGGGCGAUGUGCAGACAUGUCUCAGCAUAUGCCUCACUCUCACGGUUCUCUACCUAGGGGUAGCUGCCCAGCAGAUCCGUCUUCCAUCCACUGUCCAUGAGCAACCCAACACUGACUUUACAUCGACCGCCCCUCAUAUCUUCUCCUCCCUCCGAUAUCUGCUGGAACAGUGGCCCAACACGUACAUGCCCAACGGGCACUCGAUCGUGGCGUGCGAGAUCCCGGCCUUCACGAACCUCUACCACGGAAGACGGGACGAGAAGCUGCCCUCGAGCCCGGAGUGGUUCGCGUUCGACGCCGAAAUGUCCUACGGCAUCAUGGGCUCCAGCCGAAACUCACACUUGCUGACGUACCAGAACGUCAGGCCGGUGCCUUGUCUCUAUUUCGAUGGCAUGUCCGCCGCCCUGAUGGGGACGGGCCCGCUGGACUCGCAAAUGGUGUUUCUGUGCGGCAAUACGACGUGCUCGGAGGAAGGGGGCAAUGGGACGUGGCGUAGCCUCUUUGACGAGUACGCCCGUGCCGCGGCGCUGUGUCAGUGGGUGCAGAGUAAUGAGCUGGGCGGAGUGGGCUGGGGUAUCGAGGGCAUCGUGCGCAUGAAUGCCGGUUUCGAGAUGAUCUGGUGCAACUUCACCAGCCCGACCUUGCGGCUAGUCAGCCACGUCAAUGUGUCUGUGCCGCUUCUGCCCGAACGGUUCAGCGAUGAUGAUGGAUCGGCAGCCCAAGCCGUCUUGAUAGGAGAACAACCCACGGAUCCCAUGCUCUGUGAGCUGCUGGCCACGCGAACGAGACCUGCUACGGCAACCUCACGCACCAGUUCAGCGUCAGACACCCCAACCGGUGGCCCCGACAUGCCUCUCCCGCCUAACUGGCGAAGCAAGGCCGAGCUGGAACCCUUUCUACAGUCGCAAAGCUUCGAAUGGUUCCGCAGCGCGACCUGGCAUACGGGUAGUUCAGGUUCAUCGACAGGUCGACCGGAGGGGCGGGUCAAGCCAAACUUCUGCGGCUUUCUCAGCUACUAUGAUUCCAUGCUCGAGGAGUUCUCUUCCGCCUUCGCUGAGACCGAGAAAAACCGUCUGAAUCUCACAGUAGACGGGAGCUGGAAGGGCCCGGGCAGAGAUGGGAAUCAACGUCUCGCGUUGAAGGAGCUCUCGACCCGGCGCCGAGCACACAAUCUCUCCCAAAUCACGAACUACGAAGCGACCAUGAUGAGCGACACCGUCCUCCGCACGCUCCGUGCUCUCAACCACUCCUCCUCGUUGUGUACGGGCAUCGACUGGACUCAAAAGGCUGUCGACAUAACCUCCCGUUUUUCUCAGCCCCUGACACAAGUCCUUCAUGUGCUUACCUCUCCGCCCUCCAACACGACCAACACGACACUCGUAAGGGAGUACGUCGGCUCACUCCGCUCGAAAUCCCAUGCCAUGCUCAUGCCCUACUUGACCUACCCACUGACCCCCGCCUUCCUUCCAGCCAUCCACGCCCGCUGUACGACGAGUCAGACAUCCGCCCUCCACGAGCUCCGCGCUACCCUGCUUCCAACAGAGCAAACCCUCCUGGACACUAUCGAGACCGUGCUCUCAGUCAUCUGUAACACAACUCUCUCACUCGCGUUCUCCAUCGAACAGGCUUGGCAAACAUACUACCAGCAUGACAACGGGCCCGGUCUCAUUCCCACCGUCCCCGAAUCAGUCCUGCAGCCGCUGGUCACACAGCACAGGACUUCCAUCUCCUUGCUGCGUGCUUGGCUUGGGUGGUUUCCCGACGAAGUUCAAUGUGACCGUAUCUGUGCCGUCGACGAGUUCUGCUUCAUCCCCAUCUGGCCGCUCCUGUUCCUCGAGCCUCGAGGCAGACCUGGUGGUCGAACGCCGCCACAUCGACCCCCCAGACCGGGAAAGCAGCCCCCACCCCAACGAGGGCCACCGCGUGGUCGCAGCAAGUGGGGAGAUUUGGAGCUCGAGUUAUGGGAGCCUCGGUGUGUAAAGGUUCUGGAUUAG